GGCUUUUACAAAUUGGAUACGUUGUGAAAUCCACGGUGUAUAUAAUAUAUUCAAAAUCUGAUCUGUUUAUGUGGAGUUUUCUAAGAAAUAUAUGUGAUGGCAGCUUGCAAGGACAGUACACAAAAACCAUUGCCUGUAAUGAAUGAAAACAUCUACACAGAGAUAACCAUGGAGAACAAUGCACAUAUGUCAUUGACUGUAACGAGAGAUCAAAUCUACUCGGAGCAAACUUUCCAGGACAAUGUACAGAUACCAUUGCCUGUAAUGAACGACCAUAUAUACUCAGAUCUGACAACAGAUUACAAAUCAGAAUCUUUCGUCCGUUCCGAUAGAGCUGCAAACAAAAAGAAUAUUAGAAGGAAUUAUGUCAUAGCACUGAUUGUGCUAAUUAUCAUCAUCGUCAUACUGUCAUCCAUUCUCAUUCUACAGAACGUGGAACAGGAACAUGGGGAAACUGUUCAAAGAAAUAUUAUUUCGAAGUGUACAGUAACUGAUUGUUACGAUUACUACCAAAGACGUAUGACCACUUCCGGUGUGUACACCAUACACCCCUUUGGGGACAACUCUCCACAAGUCCAAGUCUAUUGUGACAUGGAUACAUCCGGUGGAGGAUGGACAGUAAUACAAUUGCGUCAUGAUGGAUCGGUGGACUUCAGCAGAAAUUGGACAGAAUAUAAAGAGGGAUUUGGUUCCGUUUCUAAUGAAUAUUGGAUAGGUAAUGAUGUCAUCCACCAAAUGACUAAAAACAACGACACCCGUAUCUAUUUUUCCAUCACCCUAACCAAUGGUUCCACACUCUAUCAGGAAUAUGACCGAUUUUCCAUCUCGGAUGAGUCGGAUGGCUAUCGCCUAUUUCUCAGCAAACCAACAAAUGGAAGUCUUGGAGAUCGACUGGUUGAUACCGGGAUAAGUGCUAACAAUGUGGUGGGGAUGAAGUUUUCUACAAUCGGUCUCCAUGAAUGUGUAAGUGGUUUCGGAGCUGGAGGAGGGUGGUGGUAUAACGACUGUCAUGACGCCUAUCUGAACGGUCCGUACAACUCAAAAAAAUGGAAGCAACCCUGGGAUCCGCCCAUACAAAACGGAAUCGAAGUAUCCCGUACUAAGAUGAUGAUUCGGAAAUGCUGAUACGUUAACAAAAGUGCGAACGCAAACUCCAUUAAGUGAACAAAUAUGAAACAACAACAAAGAGAAGAAAGUGCAGAGUUCCGAUUGGUUUUUUCUUCAUUGUCCUUUUUUCAUUUACUGAUACUUAUUGAUAGUUACUGGAAGUAAAUAUUACAUGUAUCUAUGUGAUACAAUUUUCGUGGGUUUUCUAUAUAUAUUUUUCAUUCCAAAUAAAUUCACUGUAAACAUAGCUCACGUACUGAUAUUGUACCCAUGUAACUACGAGUUGCAUCGUUUACGUAAUCAAGAUACAUGUUGACGGUUCACAAUGAGAAUGGGCGACCACCAAUGGAUGGCUACUGUUCUUAGGUUCCCGAUCCCAUUUACUCAUUUAGUCACCAAGAUCCCAUGAUAGAGGCGUGUGUGUUAAAAUUAUGUUUAAGUUUAUAACGCCAUCAUUUAAUCUGAUCAGGAAUAUGAUUUCUUAAUAUUCAAUAUUUUAUUGAAAAUGAAUAUUCACGGCAAACUAGCAAAUCAACUUUAUGGAAAAAGGGAUGAUUUCAGCUUCACCAUACAGUACAGGCAACGCGGAUCUCUUGAUUUCCGUGUUCCUGCGAUGGGAAAAACCUAACGCGGUAAUCUAGAGGUAACUCAGGUAAACCACUUUCUCAUCGCGGGAUGACUAUCAGUUACCUGUCCUAGUCGCGGGAACAUUUGUUAAACAAUUGAUCGGUUUUGUAUCGUAAACAAAUGCGAGUUAUCUCCCACGAUUAUAUUAUUAAAUGUUUCAAAAUUCAGCUUACGAGUUUUUUCUGUUUUUAAAAUCAAGUAUUCCGUUAUGGAUUUAUUCAUCAUGUUUUUGUUU